CGCAAAACGCUCGUGUUCCAGUCUUGUCUCUUCCUUCGAAGACGGAUCAGGAUCUUCCUGGUUUAAUGAGAACAAUGGAAAACAACCUUAUAUGUUAUACGUGAACUCGUAAACGAAAUAAAGAAAGAUAGAAUAACAUAGUAGGUGUAAACGACAGAAAUUUGAGUGAACAUUCUAAGUUCAUCCUCGUCACUUUCACUUGAACUCGUUGUAUUGUCGUAUAGUAGAUAGUCUAUACGUUUAACCGGCAAUUUUAUUCAUAUUAUUAAAUAACACUUGACAAAAAUCUUGUCACAAUUGUGUUUUUCGGAAUGGAACGUCGGAUAGAAUCGUGGAUUCUCGGAAUUGUUUUAUACAGUACCAUAUUCAUCGUCAUUGUACGUCCUGAAGAAGUGUUUAAUACAACACCCCCACCAUUGAGAACAAAUUUUUCCUGUUUCGGUAGAGUCAUGGGAUUCUACGCAGACAUUGAAGCCGAUUGUAAGGUUUAUCAUACGUGUGACGAUCAUGGUAACAAGUUCAGCUAUCGUUGCCCGGAAGAAACAGCCUUCCGACAAGAUGCCUUAAUUUGUGAUCACGCGAGACUCGUCGAUUGUUGUGCUACUUCCUAUGACGGUAAAAAGUCACCUCGUGGGAGUAGAAGUGAAAAAGAGAACUUAGGCUUAAACGUACCUUCACGUUUCAAUGUUCCACCAUCGUCAUUGGAUAAUUCCAACGAUCAUCGUUCCUUUUCUAGAUCCUUCCAGGUGAUUCAACCUCCUGACCAAUCGUUGACCGAUAAGACACAACCUGGAUUUGUUUUCAGUGCCAGGGUUUUCUUGAGAAAUCGGCAAGAUCACGAUCUUCAUAGGAAAUCAAUGGAUUCUCAAGAAACUGGAUCUAUUUUAGACAAAUCUCGGUGUAAUCGAAAUGAAGAACACAAAACGACAGAUUCACCUUCGAAAAACCAUGUCUUCCAAUUUUCCUCGACUCCUCGUUCAUUCUCACGUGAUUCUAAAGAAGACUCUUCUUUCUCUAAUCGAUUCUCGAGUUUCACGAGGUCAGAUUUAGAAACGAAGGGUUUACUUGGUCGAACAUUCGUCAAUGUGCCAAUGAUUUCAACGAAAACUCAACCACCUAGAAAGAAUUCUUUUCAAACUACUACUGUCUAUACUUCGAGUACGAAACUUCCAACAAAUGAUAAUCCUAGACCUAACUCAAACACUUACAAUAAUAGGGAUUACCCUUAUUUUGAGACUCUUAGAUCGAUCCAGGCUAAUGCUAAGUCAACUACCACGACUACAUUGAGAACGACGAUAACCACCACAGAAAUUCCAGUUCAUGCUCUUACUAUGUCUUUGAAACCUUUAGUACCCAGUGAAUUAGAAUACGAUCCCUAUUAUCCAAAGACUCCUACGUCUACAGAAGCUUAUUACACGGAUGACCACCUAAACAAGGGUUCCGAAUCUUUUCGGUAUACGACGCAACCAUCUUGGUCGGAUAUCCACUUUGAAAUACCAGCUGUUUUACCUGAUCUUAACACCUUGGAGGAUCUCGUAGAUCGUCGAAAAUUAUUUUAUAUUCCUCGUCUUACCAGAAAUUAACACACUAUCGGCGGGUCGGGUAUUAACAGGUUGAAUGCC